AUGAGGAUCGGUUGCCUUCAGUUUGCUCCCCAGGUAGGCGAUGUUGACAAUAACCUCAACCGCGCCGACUCAGUCUUGAGCAAAGCGAAUCCCGACGAUCUCGAUCUUCUGGUACUUCCUGAGCUGGCUUUCUCAGGGUACAACUUCAAGUCGUUGCAACACAUAUCGCCCUUUCUUGAGCAUUCCGGCUCCGGUAUAACUUCUCUCUGGGCCCGAACUACAGCUCUCAAAUACAACUGCAAUGUCGUUGUUGGCUACCCAGAAAAGGUUGACGUCUCCGACAACUGGCCAACUAGUCCGGAGUACUACAAUUCGGCCAUUGUAGUCAAUGGGGAUGGAGAGACCAUAGCCAACUAUAGGAAGACAUUCCUUUACUACACUGAUGAGACAUGGGCUUUGGAAGGCCAGGGGUUCUUCGACGGCUUCAUUCCUGGGCUAGGAAAUGCCUCGAUGGGUAUUUGCAUGGAUCUGAAUCCAUAUAAGUUUGAAGCCCCCUGGCACGAGUUUGAAUUCGCCUUUCAUGUACUCGAGUGCGAGUCCAAUGUGGUCAUCAUGUCAAUGGCAUGGAUGACCCGUGAAGAUGCGCGCAUGUUUAGUCGCAUGCCCAACGAACCUGACAUGGACACAUUGACUUAUUGGGUCACUCGCUUGGAACCUCUGAUCAGGUCAGAAAAUGGCGAGGAGGUUAUCGUUAUCUUUUGCAACAGAACUGGUAUCGAGGAUGAGGCUGUCUAUGCCGGCACGAGUGCGGUCAUUGGCAUUCAGGACGGCGAGGUCAAAAUCUAUGGUCUCCUGGGUCGUGGCGAAAAGGAACUCCUGGUCAUUGACACCAACAAUGCGCCUUACGCCAAGCUCGUUCACCGCCCCGAACCCAACCAUCCAUCGGUCCUACAUGGAGAGUUGGAGAAGAUGAACCCAUCUCCUGCAUCCAGCACCCCGACUGGGUCCGGAGGCUCUCAGUCAUCUCAAACCAACAAUUCUCAAGCGAACGACACAGCAAAUACACCGACCGACUCGAAGAAGAAUUCCCCAGGAAAGCCACCUUCUGUCGUUUCUUUCAAAGACUCUGUCGCAACAAGGAGAGUCAGACCAUCGCCGCAGAUUCAGAUUCCUCCUCUACAGAGCUCGGCAGGAGCACUCAGUCUUGACAGCCCAAGCCUACCGACUCCUACUGCGCCUAGCCCUACGCCGCUUUCCAUGCGACCGAAGCUGGUUAUACCGCAAUCUCCAUCGUCGCAAAUCUGGCAGUCCUUCAGUCCUGUUCCCCAGAGCACGCAAUCGACUCAUUCGGUCCGCUCGGUACUUUCAAACCAUUCCGUCACGUCGAAUGGUAGAGCGCCUGCAGAUAGCACGCCUUAUCCCGACAGUGCCCAACCUCUGAGCGGAUAUCCCAGGUUUCCAGAGAGGAUGAUUUAUGACGGCCAGGUGGUGAUUGCUCAAGGCCCCUACAGCCCUAUGACUUCCACAGGUAGCCAGUCUCCUAUGUCGCCUCGUUACUUCUGGCGACCCUCGGACACUCUUCUGAAGACGCCCAUGGAGCCUCGUGGAUGGACAGCUGCUCCGGAGUCACCGAUUAUGAAGCAUGCUCCUUCAUCGACGUACCAAAACCUCUCGCUGUGGGCACAGUUUGAUCCGACGGGGCGCUCUCAUAGUUCAAAUACUGUCCGAACCGCCGUCACGGCUGUGACAGCCAAAAAGGACGAGCCAGAUUCGAGAAAGCAGAAGAAAGCGGACUCUUCCCGGCGAAAAGAAUCUCAGCCGCCUAAAUCGAGAAGUGCAAGCAAGUCGCGCGACGAAGAACCCGCACCAGCCACGAAUGGAGCUACCCAGACGUCCUCUACUCAUGAUGCCACACCUGCCCGUCCCUCAUCUCCCAAAUCUCGUCACGCUAGUCGAUCUAGAAUGCGCGAUCGCUCCGACUCAGCGCUUGCUCAUCGCGAGCAGGCUGCGGCGAUUUCUCAGCACCUGGAGAAUAUUUCCAAAAGAGCAGAAUCAUCGCAGCCGCCCUACGAGAAGACUCUCCUCGAUCCUGAUCGCAGCAAGUCCUAG